GUGUCACGCUGGCCCGGCCCGGGCGGGGAGCGGGGGAGCAGCCUUCGGCCGCGGAGCUGGCGUGGGCCGGGCUGCGGGCUACUGACGCUUUCCGGCCGCCUCUGCCUUCACCUUCUGGCUCAGUGCGAGCCCCGCUCUGCCUCCGGUUGUGCCCGAGUGCCGCUUUAGACCGUAAUAAAUUUGAUCAACUCCAAAAUGUUAUCUCGGUAUCUCUGCCAAGUUUACAAGUGUUUGUUUCUCCACGACUUAAAACUGAAUUCGGUAAGCGUGGCUAGUCUGGCCAGAAGGAUCCAUAUUUCAUCAAAAAAGCUUUCUGACUGUGAGUUAAAGGAACAAACCGUCCAGAAAUGCGAAACUGAAGAGUUGCCUCAAAGUACGGAAAACAGUAACUUUGGAAGAUUGCAUAUACCAGUGAUGCUGGAGGAGGUUCUUAGUUGUUUAUCCCCCCAGCCAGGUCAGCGUUUCCUUGAUAUGACGUUUGGGGCCGGAGGUCACACGACAGCUCUUCUGGAGAGAGCCAACGACAUCACCGUGUAUGCCCUGGACAGGGACCCCACAGCUUACAGCAUAGCUCAGCAGCUCUCGGAAUCCUACCCGAAACAGAUUCAACCUCUUCUAGGACAGUUUAGCCAGUCAGAGGCUUUGUUACUCUCGUCUGGGGUUGAGCCAGGGACUCUGGAUGGAGUUCUCCUGGAUGCUGGCUGUUCUUCCAUGCAGUUUGAUACACCCGAAAGAGGUUUUUCCCUGCAGAAGGAUGGACCUUUGGACAUGAGGAUGGAUAGUGACAGGUACCCUGACAUGCCCACUGCCGCCGAUGUUGUGAACGCUUUGGAUCAACAGGCGCUUGCGUCCAUCCUCAGAGCGUACGGGGAGGAGAGGCACGCCAAGAAAAUCGCCUCAGCCAUCGUUCAGGCACGCAGCAUAUACCCCAUCACCAGAACCCAGCAGCUUGCAAGCAUUGUUGCAGGUGCUUUUCCAGCAUCAGCACUGUACGCACGGAAGGAUUUGCUUCAGAGACCCACACACGUUGCUACCAAAACUUUCCAAGGCCUGCGAAUAUUUGUCAAUGAUGAGCUCCACGAACUCUUUAUAGGACUGAAGACAGCUGAGAAGUUUCUAAAACCUGGAGGUCGCCUUGUAGCCCUCUCCUUUCAUUCGCUGGAAGAUCGUAUUAUCAAACGUUUUCUUCGUGGGAUAGACAUGACAGAAAAGUACAAUCUUAGCUCAAGGCAGAAGAUAAGGGAGGCUCUGAAAAAUCCCUCCAAAAAAGAAGACACACAAGAAUCUCCCCACGGAAAAUCCAACUCCAAGUGGAUUUUUAUACAGAAAAAAGUUCUCACACCCCAGGCCAAGGAUGUUCAAACAAACCCAAGAGGAAGGUCGGCCAAGCUAAGAGCUGCUAUUAAAGUCUAAACCAAAAUAUAGGAUUAGAUAAUUGUAUAAUUUCCUUUAAUUUUUUUUUCUAGAAGGCUAACUGGACAGGUAGUAUCAAACUGAAAAAAUAAAAUGAAGGCUGUUAGAAAACA